GGGCUGCUCUCCAGAGCACUGCUCAUGCUCUGAGGGCAAGGACGGGUGUGCCAACCAGUUAUAGCCACUGAGGCAGGGCAGGGCAGGAUAGAGCAAGACAGGUGGAGCUCAGGGGCACCAUGGCCAGUGAGUUCAAAAAGAAGAUUUUUUGGAGGGCAGUGGUGGCCGAGUUCCUGGCCAUGAUCCUCUUCGUGUUCAUCAGCAUUGGCUCAGCCCUGGGCUACAACUACCCAGUGGAGGGUAACAAGACCUCGGGGGCCAUGCAGGACAACGUGAAGGUCUCUCUGGCUUUUGGGCUCAGCAUCGCCACGCUGGCGCAGAGUGUGGGCCACAUCAGCGGGGCCCACCUCAACCCCGCAGUCACCCUGGGGCUCUUGCUCAGCUGCCAGAUCAGCGUGCUCCGGGCUCUCAUGUACAUCAUUGCUCAGUCCGUGGGGGCCAUCGUGGCCACAGCCAUCCUCUCGGGCAUCACCUCAAACCUCCCUGGCAACACCCUUGGGCUCAAUGGGCUCGCCAAGGGAGUCAAUUCAGGCCAGGGACUGGGCAUCGAGAUUAUUGGCACGCUGCAGCUGGUGCUAUGUGUACUGGCCACCACGGACCGCAGGCGCCAUGACAUCACAGGCUCCGCUCCAUUGGCUAUCGGCCUCUCUGUUGCCCUGGGCCACCUCCUCGCGAUUGAUUACACCGGCUGCGGCAUCAACCCUGCGCGCUCCUUCGGCUCAGCGGUUAUUGCCAACAACUUCGAGCACCACUGGAUUUUCUGGGUGGGGCCCUUCAUCGGGGGUGCCUUGGCUGCGCUCAUCUACGACUUUAUCCUGGCCCCACGCAGCAGCGAGCUCACGGACCGCAUGAAAGUCUGGACCAGCGGGGAGGUGGAGGAGUACGACCUGGACGCGGAGGACAUGAACUCCAGGGUGGAGAUGAAGCCAAAGUAGAGGCAGCCUCCGCGGAGUGGGGGAGGGGUGGGCUUGAUGGGCAGGCGGGAGGGGGGCAAGGGCGGGGGCUGGGGGAAGAUGUCAAUCUAUGUUAUAGACUCUACAAGCCCCUGACUCGGAGACAUCCGGCAGACCCCCCAGGGCGCCUGGGCUCCUGGGGUGUUUCAGCAUCUUUCUUUCUCUUUCCUUGCCUCCUGUUUCUCGAGCUGGGUGCCUGGAGUCCCCAUGUUGGUGCUUGUUUCCCCAAGAGUGGGACACGAGAGAGGGAAGGGAGCACCUCAAAGCAGCCUCCCUGGGGCCCUGGACUGAGGUUUCCAAGGGGAUUCUAGGGCGAGGCAGCUGAGCUAUUUGUCUAUGCCACACGAUGUGAGGGGAACUUGCAAAGCUUUCUGCCCCCAAUUGUCUCCCCCACCCUGACACCUGCUCCAAAUUCUACCUUUUGAGGGGUGUCAGAUUCCCCAUCUGUGAAAUGGGUGCACUGGAUAAGUCGCCCUCCAAAACAUCUUACAGCAGUAAUGACACAGGAGUUUGUGAAUACAGAGAGUGUAGAUUGGAGAAGAGCUGAGGACCAGAAGUGGGGUCUGCAUCCUGAGGCUUCUGGCAGAGGAUGUGCCCACUCCUUCCCCACCCAACAUGAUCCUUGAGGUCUUCAUUAAGCCCUCAGGAAAUAAUCCUGUCAAAGCAUCUUUUUUUUUUCCCCUUGAAUUGCAUAGAGAAUUUCUGCCGGUGGAAGUGUGCUGAGGCCUGAGGCACCAACUCUGCCUGGGCUUCUGUUCUGUAGCCUUAGGCCAGAGCAGGCCUGGAUAACCCUGGCCAUGCCCCAGUGCCCUUCUGUUUGCUGGGAGCCGGUCCGGGUCACCCUAGGGCCUGGUGGGGCUAUCUCAGUCAGGGACACCAGCUGUAGAGACAAGACAACUACCCGCUCAGGCUGGUCCCUCUCCUGCUCCCUUCCCACCAACAUUCCAGCAGGGUCUACACAGCCCGCAGACAGGGAGCUCCAUCAGGGUAGACAAUGGCCCCAAGAGACAGGAGCUGGGACCCCAAGUGGGGUCGAUGCCCUGGACCCUCCCCUUCCCUUGCCUCCAUGCCCACCCUCUCUGCCAGCAGCCAGGCCUCCGCAUGCCUAGGCAUCCUGAAGGAGAUGGAGACACUCAGUCCA